AUGGUUGUACGCAUGCGCGGUAGAAAAUCAAAAUCUGGGGUCACAUCUCAUCUCUGGGACCAGCAUCCAUUUAGUUCUUGUGAGGUGCCUAAUGAAUGCACUGUGCCUCGGUAGGCGAAUGCCACAAGAUACAAAUACACCAACAGGAUCAUUUGGCGGGCGACCGAGCGCCUGCCGUGAAACGUCGACUAAGAGUGCAAACAUAUUCUCCGCAGUGAACAAUUUCUUCGCUGAUUCGCCUUUGGUGAAUCAGCUCAAAGGCAUUAUGACUCGACAAACAACCAAUACUGAACCAGGCCCGCCAGAUGACAAUCGAGGACCACCUAUGGUCAAUCUCGCUGUCAGCCCUUCGGAAAGUCAAACAUCAAUGCGAUCAAUCUCGCCGCCUUCGCAGAGGCAAGUGAGUUUCCUAAAGCCAGCUGCAAACACUGCACUUGAUAGAAAAGCAUCAAUCAUUGAUGAGACAACUGGUAUCACUCGCACGCAAAUGAAAGAAUUCCGCGAAGCCUUUCGUCUUUUUGACAAAGAUGGCGACGGAACGAUUACCAAAGAGGAGUUAGGGCGGGUGAUGCGUAGCCUCGGACAAUUUGCGCGUGUUGAGGAGUUACAGGAUAUGUUGCAGGAGGUGGAUAGUGACGGCGACGGAAAUGUAAGUUUCGAAGAAUUUGUGAACAUUCUAUCAAAAUCCAUGUCUGGUGCUGGUGGAAACACGAGCUCUGCCGAACAAGAAGAGAGGGAACUAAGAGAUGCAUUCAGAGUCUUCGAUAAGCAUAAUAGAGGUUACAUAUGCGCUUCAGAUUUGAGAGCCGUUUUGCAAUGUUUAGGUGAAGACUUGUCUGAGGAGGAGAUCGAAGAUAUGAUUAAAGAAGUUGAUUCUGAUGGCGACGGUCGGAUAGAUUUCUUGGAAUUUGUAAGAGCUCUAGGUGAGCCAGAAGACGCGUGUGAUGAUGAAGAGGAUGAUGAUAUAUUGGAAACCAGUGAUGUGCCAUCACCGAGAUCGGUUCUCGCUUCUUAAAAUUUCAUAUUUGUAUCCAGGCCUUUGGUGUAAUUUUAAAUUCUUAUAACGCAAUUUUAAAUAUAUACCUAUCAUAUAAAUUUUACUCUGUAUAAAGUAAAAAAAAGACCUAUUUGUUUCAGUAGCUUUUAAAUCAGUGGGUUGUUGGGAAAUCUUGUCGUAGGCAUUUAAAGUCAGUUGCAUACGUAAAUAGUAUUUGAACAUCUUAAUUAUUGAAGUCAUUUGCAAAAUGGAACUCUGAAGUGCGGAAAUUC